GAGGUGCGGUGUUGGUGGGAGGGUCGCCGUGGUGCUGACGCUCGCUGCUGCUGCUGUUUGCUGCCCCAAUUCUCAUUGAUUACAAAUCAGAGACGCGCCCCGCGCACCCACAAGCAUUGUUGUGGCCCGCGCCUACAGCAGCAGCAGCAACCUCACCGGCCUGGGAUUGUGUUCAUUUUCGUGUCGCCGUAAGCGCCGGCCGCUCAUGCCGCUGUAAAGGGGUUCCUGUGGAUCAGGGCCCAGACCGGAUACAACCGGGACCUGGGUCCCCGUGUCCUAGUGACGGUCUCGGGACUAGCAUCUAGGUCAGGUUCCUAUUCCCAGAUCCUGUUCACAGGCUAUGGUCCCACGCUCUGGUUCCUGGUGUCAAGCUCCCGAGACCCAAGUUGCAGGAAAUCUGAUUUUUUUUUUGGUCUCGAGUUCUGUUGCUGGACUCACCACCUGGUUCAAAUCCUGGUUGUGGUCCCGGGACCCAGCCGGGACACCGAGCCUGAAGCAAAAUCCCCGACAAGAACCUCGAUCCCUCCCUGAUCCCACAACCCCUGCCGCUCCAGCCGCCUGGAGGAGGAGUUUUGAGUGCGUCGCGCUGAAGACGCUGCCGCUGCUGCUGCUGGAACGACAGGGACUGUACCUGGCAACCACGCCAGGCUGGACCUGGACCCGGUGGCUACUCCGUCGGGAUGCGCGCCGUGGCACAGACGGCCCGCGGAUUGGGCCGCUUGUGUGCGGGCAGCUGCGGCAGAAGCCGAGGUCGCGGCCUCGGGAAGACGUGGGCGUACACGUGCCUGGCAUUGAAGAGCCUUGUGUACAACUCGUUCUCCAGCUACGACACGAUGGUGGACGCACUGUUCGAGCCGCUCUUCUGGCUCGUCGACCGCCUGACGCGAUGGUUUGGCCUGGUCUUUGUAGCGCUGGUGGUAGGGCUCACAUCGUGCGUGGUGGUCGUGGGCUACGUGUGCGUGCUGCCCGCCAUCCUGGCCGAGUAUGGCCCAGCGGUGAGCACCGCUCUCAUCCUCGUCUCCAACUGGUUCCUCAUCAUGAUCGUCUUUCACUACUACAAGGGUCUCACAACAUCGCCCGGGUACCCGCCGUCGGGCCAAGUGGACUUGCCGGCCGUGUCCAUCUGCAAGCGGUGCAUCGCUCCCAAGCCUCCACGUACGCACCACUGCAGCAUCUGCAACAGGUGCAUUCUGAAGAUGGAUCAUCACUGCCCCUGGCUCAACAACUGCGUCGGAAACUACAACCACCGCUACUUCUUCUCCUUCUGCCUCUACAUGUCCAUGGGCUGUGCCUUCACAAGCAUCACGCUCAGCCGCACGUACUUCCGCACACAAGCGUCCUCGCAGCUCGCUCCGAGCCACUCACCCCUCAAGCUUCUCACCCCGGCGUCCACCACGGCUGAGCCCGAGAAGCGCGAGGACCACGUUCACAACAGCAUCGUCUUCGUGUGGGUCCUCACCAGCACGGUGUCGGUGGUGCUGGGGGCGCUCACGCUGUGGCACGCGGCGCUCAUCUCACGCGGGGAGACAAGCGUCGAGCGCCACAUCAACCGCAAGGAGCGCACGCGCCUCCACAAGAAAGGGAAGGUUUUUAGAAACCCCUACCAUUUCGGAUCUCUGAGCAACUGGAAGCAGUUUUUCGGCGUCAAACACAGAAGCCACUGGCUGACGCGCGUGCUGCUGCCCUCCGGCCACGCGCCCCAGGGCAACGGCCUCGUGUGGCUCCCGCCCGACGACUGGGUCGCGGCGCACCGCCACGGCCCCUCCGUCACGGUGUGAACAGCGCGACGGCCACCGUCGCCACCCGCGGCUCUCCUGGCGCUGCCGUGGUGGGGCAGCGAACGCCCGGCAAUCGACCCGCCGUCGUUGAAGGUUUUCACGAAGAGGAGGAGGGUGGUGACGAAGACGUAUUUUGAACUGUUACAUUCUACUGACGGUUGCUGCAGGGAAUCAAACGUGUUACGGGUUAAUCUUGUAUUUGUAUGUUUUUAUUUUUAUGUAAAGCACAGCCCGUUGCGUUGAUGGCGAUGUCCGAUUUAUUUUCGUUUGUUUGUCCCAUUGGGCAAAGCAAAGAGAGAGGGUUUCCUCUUGAACCCGAAAAACUUGCCAUCUCAAAAACGCUCAGCGACUACCUAUGAUGUGAAGCGGCUUGUGCAGUCCGACAGUGCUGCAAGUCUUUAUUGUAAAUUAUGACACCAGGUUAUCUGUGCAGCGUUCUGCAUAUCUGACCUAUAUGAACAGACGUUAUUUACAGAUCAAGAAUGAGCAAUAACAGCUUUCAUGUUUGUCUACAACAACAUUGGUGCUUUGUGCCAGGGGGUUAAUGGACCAAUGGGCAUGUACUGCCAACACAGUGUCUCGUCUGAAUGCUGUGGGAUUAAGAACAAAUUAUUACGGAUGAUCGGGAUUUAUUUUUUCUCUAAAUAUUUGGCCGGCUGCUAGAUGGGUGAACCAAAUCGGAGUAAAGAUGAACACAAAGGCGAAAACACACAUGGAUGUUGAACAUCUUUCGCACCGUAAAAGGCCAACCAUGCUAAUCGGAGGUGCGUGGGAAGGACAAAAAACUAAACACAGAAAGCAGUUCUAAAGAAAUUAGUUUUCAAUACACAUUUCAAAGUGCAUAGCUCCAGUGGCUUCCACAUCAUUAGGAAGAGCGUUCCAGACGGCCCCAGAAACGCAUCUAAAAGUGCGACGCACUGACCUAUACACCAAUGCAAACAUUCACGUUCGCAAAACACCACGUGUCACAAAGGUAAAUAUACACACAAAACAUGUAAAUAGUAUCACACAUGCGCAUAGUGAAACGUUAACAUGUCCUGACAUGUUGCGUGUGGGUUGACAACCCUGGACACCAUUGCAAAGGACAAAGAUAGACACACACGUGCAAAUACAUAUGCAAUACAUCCACAUCACAUCCACACACACGUGUACAGUGGCAUACACGCAAAUUCACAACACCACAAGAGAGACCCCCAUGUAGUCUUAAUAGACUUGGGGCAAGUGCUGUUAGCGAGCAUCUAUGAAGGCCGGCACGGCACACGAGGGGGUGAGUGGCUUCCUUUGUCUCCCUAGUGGCGACACUGCAUCAGGUACCCACUUGAGGCUUAGUCGACCUAGGGGAGGCCCAGGACCGGUUCAGAUAUUCACCACUGUUAUUGUUUGUGAGCCGGCAUCGAACUCGGGUCGCCGACUUUGAAGUGCAGUAUACGAACCACUGCGCCACCACCCCCAAACAGCAAAAAACAGAUCCCCUGUAUAGCCUUAACAGACUUUUGUUGCAAGUGCUGUUAGCAAGCACCACACACCGAUACACAAAACACGCAAACAAUGUACAGUGAUAUAUUUCGAAAUACUGCACACGUAAAUACACAUCACAAAAUAACACAAAAAAGAUGCACACCCUAACACACCACACACUGACACCACACACUGGCACCACCCCCCCCUCCUUUAUCCUUAAAACUUGUUUCAAAUAUUUGGCUUUGAGCAGGAGGCGCUAACCAUAUCAGUCUUGCAAAAUAUCGCGAUUGUCGCCUAUGUUACUUUUACGAUAACAUAUUUACGAAAUCGCAAUAAAUUAAAGAUAUCGACAAUUAAAGUUCUAAAAAAUAGCUGUUACGCAUUCACAUCAUGCCUUGUCAAACCUUUUCCGGAGUUUCAUUGCAUGCUGGCUAUACGACAUCGCUUCCGUAGUCCAUUUGAUUCAUCGAUCGUUUCCUGCGUAACACCGCCAGUUGAGCAUUAGACCGUGGAGUGACGCCGAUUGGAAGAUUUGUGGCAGCUUGUGUCGAGUGAAAAAUGCAGUUGAACGGAUUAGUCCUCGUUCCUACUAGAAGUUCAUUAACGCAUAAAAACGCGAAUUGCAACCACAGCGGAAGGGAAAACUGACAUCUCGAUUAUCGUAUCUUGCAAAAAUGAAAUAGCGGCAGCCCUAGUUAAGGCAUCUGCUCUGGCUAAUAGAACAUUUUGAAACACCCACAAAAUGUUGGCCAAAUGCCCCAUUUCGGUGAAAUAUUUGAUACAUCCCUUUUGAACAAAAGAGCAUCGGACUUUGCAUUAUCUGUUCAUUAA